AUGGCGCCAAGCACUGACCGGAACCAGUUCCUUAAAGUUUCCGAAGGACAGCCAUUUCGAUUGACAGCCUUGCAGUACCUCGCACAGGCCAUGCAAGACAAAGACGCACAGCUUCCUCUCAUCCUUGAUGAGGGGGUGCCUACAGGCGCUUUCGGGGCCUUGCCCAGCAGUGGACAGUGGCCACCGACGCAGAGCUCCUUGGACUUUACCGAAGACUUCAGCCCCGCUUCGCUGGAGCACUGCAGAGGCAACUGGUUCCUAGCCGAGAGCAACCCCGCUCUGCUAAAAGAACUAGUUGAAGAAGAAGUACGCAAAGGCUUCGUAGCAAAAUUCGAAGGCACAGAAGAAGACGCAAAACGCCAGUGGCCGCAAGGCACCGCAAUAGGCAAGCUAAACAUUGUCAUGGCAGAAGGGCGAGACCCCCGCCUCGUCCUAGAUAGCACGAUAUGUGGCCUUAAUCCGGCAGUGCACCUGCCCGAAAGAGUGUCUCUGCCCAAUGUAUCAGAUGUACAACGCACCUUCCUGCAUGACGACUGCUACGCACAGCUACACGCAUUGUCACUAGAUUUUAAAGCAGCGCACAAAUGCUGCAAGGUUCAUCCCGCUGACCAAGGCAGCUUACUGCUUCGUUGCAUUCACGCAUUGCUAUGCGAUUUUCCACAUCGAGCAUGGCUAUAUGUGGAUGACCUUCUUGCACUGCUCCGCGCAUCGGAUAAAGACCUGGCAGCGGCACUUGUGGUUGCACUGCUCGCUGCACUAAACGCACUGAUUAGUUGGAAAAAAGCACAGUUCUCGCAAGAAGUCACAUGGUGCGGAUGGACCAUACGCACUGACGCGGAAACCAUUGAGCUCCGCGAGCUCAAGCUUCAAAAGCUCCGCGAGCAGCUCGCUGCCCUGCAACAGCGCAGCAAAGUACAACGCAAAGAACUAGAGGGGGUAUUAGGCCUUCUUAAUUGGGCUACGUCACUAAGUAAGCACAUGCGGCCUUUCAUGGCCCCGCUUUACAAAGAUUUGCACAGCUGCAAAGGCACUUUGCACAGCAUUUCGCCAGGCAUGUGGGGUAGUUUCUUAGACAGCCUUGACAAAAACGCAAAACUCACUCGCACCCCUGCAGGUACUUGGCUGCCUCGCAAUGCACAGCUUCUUGAAGUUGGCAGCCUCAAAAUAUCUUGCAAAGCGGACGUACCACUAGUUCCGCCAUCGCACAAGCACCAAUGGCUACGCCUCGCUGAUCCGCAUCGCUCUGAGGUGCACUUACGCCAUGAAAGUAAGUUCGUGCUGUCUUGGCUCCAGCACUGUUUCUCGCAUGAACAGCCUCGCUCUCUACGCACAGCGCCACGCAUGCAUUGCUACAGCGCUGCAGAUGCUUUUGCAGACACGCAUCGCAUGGGCAUCGGGGGGUGGAUCAGCACGUCUGAUUCCUUCCUUUGGUUUAGCGGCAUUUUCUCAGCCGAGGAGGUGCGAAAGCAAUGGCCGCAACUGCAGGGCAGCCUGCAGCCUUAUAUAGGCUGCUUCGAGUCCCUCGCUCAGCUCGCUUUAGCACAGUGCUCCUGGCAAUUAUUGCGCAGCAAACAAAUACGCUUCGUGCUGCCCACAGCCUCGGACAAUACGAGCGCAGAGUCAGGCCUCAAUAAGCUCUUUAGCACUGCAGAGCCGCUAGGAACCUUCCUACGCCUCGCAGCAACCUGGGCGCACUUGCACCGCGUGCAAUUCGAGGUAGAACACCUCGCAGGUGAGAAAAACGUCUGGGCGGACAAGCUCAGCAGGGGCUCUACAGCCUUUCUUCAGCAUCGCAGCGCAGAUAAAGUUGAGAUAACGCUCGCACAACUUGCGUCGGCAUCGCAUUGCGUAACGCUACAUGAUCACUCUUUCAAGUGGCCGCAACCGCUACUUGACGCACAGCACGCCAUGCUUAAAUGA